AUUGAAAAGUCUUAUCGGCUGCGAACAUCAAAUAUUUGUGAUUUUUUUUGUGCCAUCGAGCAAUGAUGAAUUCGGACUUUAACACGAAUCGUUUAAACCGCUUCAGUUUUCUGGCUUUUGGUUAGCUUUGGGACGAGUGUAGAGGAAACAAUUUAAGUAUUGGAAUAUCGAAGGGUGACCGCAGCGCAAGAAUAUUAAUGAGGAGGCAGAGCUGGGGGCGCGGCUUGAUGUUGACAGCGAGCAGCUGAAACGCAACUGAAGCAGCAGCUGCCAGGGCCACAAAGGCCACAGGCCCAAGUAGCAGUUGUUAUAGCGACUCCGCCCGGCCAUUCACACCACGGACGCAAUCAGGCGAGGCAAACACCACCACAACCAAAAUUGACAACAUGGUCACGAACAUGUCGGAGCCGCAUUAUUGCGGCGCCAGCGUCGAUGAUUUUCACACGAACUAUAAAUAUAUCCAUGGCUACUUUUCGCUCAUCGUCUGCAUUUUGGGCACCCUGGCCAACACCUUGAACAUAAUUGUGCUAACGCGUCGCGAGAUGCGCUCCCCCACCAAUGCGAUACUCACGGGCCUGGCCGUGGCCGAUCUGGCCGUCAUGCUGGAGUACAUACCCUACACUGUGCACGACUACAUACUCAGCGCGCGUCUGCCGCGUGAGCAGCAGCUCAGCUAUGGCUGGGCCUGCUUCAUCAAGUUUCACUCGAUCUUUGCGCAAGUGCUUCACACCAUCUCCAUUUGGCUGACAGUCACGCUGGCCGUCUGGCGUUACAUAGCCGUUAGCUAUCCGCAGCGUAAUCGGAUUUGGUGCGGCAUGCGCACAACCACAAUAACCAUAGCGACGGCCUAUGUGGUGUGCGUGCUGGUGGUGUCGCCGUGGCUCUAUUUGGUCACUGCGAUAGCCAAGUUUCUGGAGACACUGGAUGCCAAUGGCAAGACGAUUAGGUCCGUGCCCUUGAGUCAAUACAUCUUGGACUACAACAACGAGGAGCACAUCACGAUGCAAGUUAUGUCCAGCACCACGCCGGACAUGGCCUGGUCUGUGGCCACGGGCGGCAGCAACACCACAGUGGUCAAUAUGCCAAGCUUCUCCACAGAUUUGCCCACCUUAAUGACCACAGUUCCACCCGAUAUGGGAGAGCGCAACGUGACGGUCUACAAAUUGUACCACAGCGAGCUGGCGCUGCACGAUCGACCCCUGCGCAAUGCCACAUUUCUCAUUUACAGCGUGGUGAUCAAGCUGAUACCCUGCUUCGCCCUCACUGUGCUCUCCGUGCGCCUGAUUGGCGCUCUGCUGGAGGCGAAGAAGCGACGCAAGAUACUCGCCUGCCACGCGGCCAACGAUAUGCAGCCCAUUGUCAACGGCAAGGUCGUCACGCCCACGCAACCCAAAAGCUGUAAACUGCUGGAGAAGGAGAAGCAAACGGAUCGCACCACACGCAUGCUGUUGGCGGUGCUGCUGCUGUUUCUCAUUACGGAAUUUCCACAGGGUAUCAUGGGUUUGCUGAAUGCGCUGCUUGGCGAUGCAUUUCUCAUGCAGUGCUACCUUAAGCUGAGUGAUCUAAUGGACAUCUUGGCACUUAUUAAUUCGAGCAUUAAUUUCAUACUCUACUGCUCGAUGAGUCGACAGUUUCGCAGCACAUUCACGCUGCUCUUCCGGCCGCGCUGGCUCGACAAAUGGCUUCCGCUGUCGCAGCAUGAUGGCGACGGUCGCGAUGGUGCCGGCGGCCGGUUGAAUGGCUAUGGCAGGGAGCGACUGGUGCAAACGGAUGCUGUUAGCAAGAGCAUGGCCAUUGAUCUGGGCCUGACGACGCAAGUGACGAACGUGUAGCAGGAAUGCAGCAGGGCAGUGUCGACAGCGGCAACUACAACAACCACAAUGGCCUCUGCGGCAGCGGCAGCGGCAGCAGCAGCGUCAAUGACUGAAACAGCGCCUGAUGUUGAUGGAUGCGCCAGCGAAAUUGGUGCUACUGAUGACAUUUGCGUGGUUGAAAUGCUGCAGCCGAACGACACUGUCAGAAACAAUAAACCACACAGCAGCCCCAGCUGCACCAGGAGCCAGAGAGCUACAAGGGACGCCUGUCGCCGGCGUGGCAGCGUGGGCGGUAAAUGCAUUUGGCCUGCCACUGACUGGCUGCGCAAGUUGCGCAACAAUCAGUCACAGCCGCAGCAGCUGCCGCAGCUGCUGGAGCAACAGCAGCAGGAGCUGGAGUCGCACACCAGACGCAGCAGCGUGCUGCUCAUGGUGCUGCUCAGCGGCAACGAGAUGGAGGCCAAGGCGGUAGUCGUCAGCGAACAGAAGUCCCUGAAGACAACGCCGCAGCGCUUGUCCCGAUCCCAUGCCGACGACUUGGACGAAGCCAUCGAUGCGCUGUGGCUGUAAAUAAGCCACGCCCACAACGAAUACAAACCCAAACACAAGCCCAACUACAACCACUCUCUUUACACUUAGAGUAUUUAAGGAUUAGCUAGCUGUUAAGACCAAUCACAGAUUUGUAGAGCGCCCAUUGCUCCAUUUUGGCCAGCGUCGCAUGCACGAAUCGAGCCCCUCGCGCGUGCAACGCUCCGCCAAAGUGUCCCUGCGGCGUCGUCUAACAAUUGGUGAUUCGUAGGUUUUAUCUAAGUGAUACUUGACAUAGUUUAUUAGCCAGUAAGCGUAUGUAAUACACACCAAAUAUUAUUUCUAGCUGAGCCUGGCCGGAGGAUGAGCCAAGCGAAAUGCCUUUGAGUUUUCCAGAGAACUUGGUUAACCUUGGUCAUAAGUAAACGAAGUAAACGACUUAAGCUAUCUUUUAUAUUAUGAUUAAUUAACCAAAUAAAAUAUGAUUUCAUGUAA